GAAAGAACAACUUACGAAAGCUUCCAUUGGCUUUUCUCCUAAUUAUGACUCCCCAAGUGUUCGUGAGUUUUCGAGGGGAAGAUACGCGAAAAACUUUUGUGAGCCAUCUCCUUAGCUCGUUCAAGACCAGUUGCAUCACAAGUUUCAUAGCCUCUGAGCCUUUAGAGGCCACGGAUCAUGAGGCUAUGGGAAAGUCGCUAGUUUCAGUCCCCGUUAUAACAAAGAGCUACUCGGUUUCGGAAUGGAUGGUGAAGGACCUUAGCAGGAUGAUAGAGUGUGAGAAGAUAGGAACUUUGAGAGUAGUUCCUAUCUUCUUCCAAAUUAGUCCUUUGGAUAUCUUAAGUCACGUAAAAAAAUACGCGAAAGUGCAGGGUGGGAACUUGGAGAUGGUGAGAAAAUGGCUGACUGCUCAGGUGUCUCGUAAACCUAGCUUCCAUUCCAGUGACUGGGAGGACGACUCAGAGCUGGUGGAUAAAGUGACUGAAUUCGUUUCUAAUAUCCUGAAAUCUUCCGGGCCAAGCUAUUAUAGUACUGGUUUAGGUCCGGUUCGGAGUUUGAAGCUAGAGAAUGAGUUCAGAUUAACUCCCACGACCACAUGUGAUAUUGAAACUAACCAGAGAUCAUUCCCGCUCAGCUUUCGUUUUACGCCCUACGACUCCACUUACUUGUCGAUUAUGUACACGAAGCUUCGCCUAGCAAAGUUGCGUGGUUUAGUACAGGCUGUACAGCGUGCAGAGUCAGGUAUAAUUGGUAUCUGUGGAGUUGAAGGUGUUGGGAAGACAACUCUUGCAAGGGCCCUUUACGAGGAGAUCUCACCAAGAUUUCAGCACCAUUAUUCUACCAAUAUUUUCAAAGACGACAAAAUAUCGUUCCUGUGCCCACCCAGUUCACUGCAGGUGCAACCUAUAGAAAGGUAUAAGAAACUUAGCUCCGACAAGGGCAUCAAAGAACUGAUGGGACACCGCAAGGUUCUGCGUGUUGCUGAUGGUGUAGAUGACAUUAAUCAGCUAAGAGGUAUAAUUCAAGAUGCUAGUUGGUUUGGACCAGGAAGUCUAGUCAUUGUGAUCACACAAGACAGGUCUUUGCUUACUCAAUGUGGAGUAGAACACAUCUACGAGGUUGAGUCUCCAAGAUACGAGGAAGCUCUUGCUUUCUUCUCAGAGUUUGCUUUCAAGCAGAGCAGCCCUCUCCCCGGUUUCGAAAGUCUCUCCUUCCAGGCUGUACAUUUGGCGAAUCGUCUUCCUCUGGCCCUCAAAGUGUUGGGGUCGUUUCUACACGAUAAGGGAAAAGAUGAAUGGGUAAGUACAUUGCGUGGACUGGAAGCGUCACGUGAUAACUAUGCUUCGGAGGUUAAUAGGUACCUAAGAGCAGAUAACUAUGCACCAAGGCGUCCGAUCAAAGUGGACAAUCACAUUGGAGUAGAUGAAGCAAACUGUUUCCCGCUAUAUUGCUUGGCUCUAGAAUGAUCGAUCAUUGGUCUUGUUCAAAAAUUAUGUCAUUUCUCCACAUGGAUUUGUUUGAAUUAAGUAAUGUUGUGCGAUUUGUGAUUGAAUAAGACGAACAAGAAAAUAUGUUCGUCACUAAACUCGUUUGUAUGCUUGUCGUUUGAUAAUGUGUGCAUGUGUGUAUUUUUCU